AUGGUGUCCGGAGAAGUCCCUAGUAGCUUUGAUGCUUACAAGAGGAAGAAAUUCUUCAAGGAUGCUAGGCAUUACUAUUGGGAUGAGCCCUACCUGUACAAGAGAGGACCAGACAGCAUUUACAGGAGAUGCAUUGCUGAAGAGGAUGUGCAAGGAGUUCUAGAGCAUUGCCAUGGGUCAGCUUAUGGAGGUCACUUUGCUACAUUCAAAACAGCAACUAAGGUUCUGCAAUCUGGGUUGUGGUGGCCUACCUUGUUUAAAGAUGCAGCAAGCUACAUCGCAAAGUGUGAUCCAUGCCAAAGGAAAGGAAGUAUCACCAAGAGAGAUGAAAUGCCACUAAACCCAAUUCUGGAAGUUGAGAUCUUUGAUGUAUGGGGAAUAGACUUCAUGGGACCUUUCAAGCCUUCCUCAAACGGGCACAACUACAUUUUGGUUGCUGUGACUAUAACCAUCAUCUUUCCAAGAUAUGGCAUCCCAAGGGUUGUUAUUUCGGAUGGAGGCUCCCAUUUCAUCAAUAAAGUGUUUGAGAAGUUGAUGAAGAGUUAUGGAGUCAAGCACAAGGUCGCUACACCUUACCAUCCUCAAACCAGUGGGCAAGUUGAGGUCUCCAAUAGACAGAUAAAGGCCAUUCUUGAGAAGACAGUGAGCUUCACUAGGAAAGGAUUGGGCAGCAAGACUUGA